AGAUGGGAAACUUCCAGUCCCCAGGACGCAAGCUUACCAGCGAGCAGCGCUUUGCCCUGUCAUCUAACGAAGCACGCCUAGUCAGGGUGGCCCUGGUCAUCCCAUGCAUGGAAAACGCACCCGCACCAAACGUGGUGAGAAGCGUUGUGAUGCUAGCAAAGCCACGAUGUCCCAGCAAGGACAGGGUUUUGACAUUGGAUCAUCCGGCGUGGCACCCGUACUAGGCGCCGAUUUCAAGCCCGUCCCAACCCUCGAAUUUUCUGCCAACCGCUGGGUUCCUGCAAAUACGACUCGUAAGGCCCAACCUGACGUUGAUUCACCUGAGCUGGUCGACCGUAAGGUCAGGGCGUUGCUCAACAAGCUCACGAUGGAGAAGUUCGAGUCUAUUUCAGACCAGAUCAUUUACUGGGCAAACAAGAGUGUGAUCGAGAAGGACGGGCGGACGCUCCUCCAAGUCAGCCGGCUGGUGUUUGAGCAUGCAACCGAUGAGCCUGCAUGGAGCGAGAUGUAUGCACGGCUUUGUCGAAAGAUGAUGGAGCAGAUCAGUCCGGAGGUGCAGGAUGACGGAAUCAAGAACUCGGACGGCAAACCUAUUGCAGGUGGUCUUCUCUUCCGGAAGCACCUCCUCAGCCGGUGUCAAGAGGACUUCGAGCGGGGGUGGGUAGCCGAGGAAGCCACUGCUGCUGCGGGGGCUUCUGACUAUCGAGCGCCCAAGGCUACAAACAAAACGGGCACCUUGGAUGCUGAGUUUAAUUUCGAUGAGUACUACGCUGCUCAGAAGGCGAAACGCCAGGGUCUUGGUCUCAUCAAGUUUACCGGCGAGCUGUUCAAGCUGCAGAUGGUCACAGAGCGUAUCAUGCACAAUAUUGUGAGGAAGCUGUUGGCAAGCUUCGAGGACCCCGAGGAAGAGGAGAUCGAGAGUUUGUGCCAGCUGUUGAAGAUAGUUGGCCAGUUGAUGGAUAAGCCUAAGGCUCGUGCGCAUAUGGACGUCUACUUCACGCGCAUGAAGGUGCUCAGUAAGAGCCUGGAUGUCAACUCUCGUAUGCAGUUCAUGCUUCAGGACGUCAUUGAGUUGCGUGACCGUAAAUGGGUCACCCGCAAUGCUAUUGCCGCGCCCACGACGAUCGCUGCCGUUUGCGAGGCCACCCCACGUUCCCUUGCAUUCUCUCGUGCAGUGUCAAGCGUGCAAAACCAGUCUCGACAGGGAGCUGGGCCAGGGGGUCUUGGUGGCCCGCCUAUGCCUGCCAGCCCCCGAAUGGUUUCGCGCCAACAUCAAGGCCCCCCUGGAGGUGUAACACAGCAGCUGCCCAUGCAGCCCAUGCCAUGGGCCCCAUACUGUGUUAGUAUUUCAUUAUAUAUAUCUAUAAGUCAACCAUAAUCUCAACGUGAUGCAAGUCGUACGGUCAACAACCACCUUCUCGGACAUAUUAUGCUAUGCCCCCCCAACAUAUGCACCGACAGC